GCCCGAGCUUCUGCUUCUCUUUUCCUUAGUAUCCCGGCUCAAACGGCGCGCGCGCACGGGACAUUAGCGCUGCGCGCUCCGGGCCAUGGCGGUCCACGUAUUAUGGUUGGUGGCAGCUCUGGUGCUUUUAACUGGAGUAAACUCGCAAGAUGACUAUAGAAGAGGGGAUGUUGAGGAGAACAAUAUUUAUGCAAGUCGGUGGCCACCAACAGAGUGGACCACGAGGGAUGUCUACCAAGCUCCGUCUGUGAACACAUAUGGACUAUCUAGGCGACCUGAUUUUCCAGUUUCACAACCUGUGCCACCAACGCAACCAGCGCCACGGUCGUUUGGUCAAAAUUUCGCAGUUUACGACCCUGUUACCCGACAGCGAACGACGCCUUUUGACCGAAAUUGUACUGCUACUGGUUGUUGUGUUCCUAAAUGUUUCGCUGAAAAGGGAAAUAGGGGUUUUCCGGGAAUGCAAGGGCAACCAGGAUUGAGGGGUCUUCCGGGACAUGAAGGAGCUGAGGGUCCACAAGGUCCGAAGGGACAGAAAGGGCAAGUUGGCCCUCAAGGACCGAGAGGACCCAAGGGCGACAGGGGAAAACCCGGCGCUCAAGGAUUUAUCGGAUUAAUUGGACCACCCGGACCACAAGGUGAACCUGGUUUACCUGGUAUUCAUGGUCGUGAUGGUUGUAAUGGUACAGAUGGUGAACCAGGUCUAAUGGGACCUAAAGGAUCUCCAGGUCCUCGUGGAAUACCUGGACCUAAAGGAGACAAGGGAGACAAAGGAGAGGCUGCCCAUAUAGGAAGGUAUCCCAAGGGACAAAAAGGAGAACCUGGAGCAGAUGGAAUGCAAGGACCUCAAGGUCCUGUUGGUCCUACGGGUCCAACUGGGUUACAAGGACCUAAAGGAAAUUCUGGCCCUAUGGGUCAACCUGGUGCUAAAGGUGAUAAAGGCUCAAAAGGAACAAAAGGUCAAUCCAUACAAGGUGAUAAAGGAGAUCGAGGUGAUCGUGGUGACAAAGGGCCUAGCUGUCCUCCAGCUCCUUUACGUUCAUUUGAAAAUAAAGGUGCAAUCAAAGGUGUCCAAGGAGAUCCAGGACCUAAAGGUGAUAAGGGUGAGCCUGGUAGAAUGGGUGAAAAAGGAGACACAGGGCUUAUGGGAGAGCCAGGUAUAGCCGGCCAAAUGGGUAUUAAAGGAGAAAAGGGUAUACGAGGAAAUCCAGGAGAAAGAGGUCGCGAUGGUAUGUAUGGUCCAUCCGGUCCUAUGGGACAAAAAGGUGACCGUGGUUACGAUGGCUUACCAGGACUUCCAGGCCGACCGGGUACAAAAGGAGAACCUGGAAAAGAUGGAGCACCAGGAUUAAGAGGAUUAAAGGGUAUACCUGGUCCACCAGGAGGAAGAACUGGAUCACGAGGACCUCCUGGUCCUCCUGGUCCAAGAGGCUAUAUGGGACCCGCUGGUGCACCUGGAACUGAUGGAAGACCAGGUGAAAGGGGUUCACCUGGUCCCAUGGGUCCUCCCGGAGGGCAAGGUGAACCAGGUACACCGGGUAUAGAAGGUCCAGCAGGUCACAAAGGUGAAAAAGGAGAACCCGGUUUAAACGGUUCACCUGGUGAAAUAGGACCAAGAGGUUAUGACGGUCCAACAGGACCUACGGGACCACGUGGCCCGAAAGGUGACGAUGGAUUUUCAAUUCCCGGUGAACCAGGAAAUCCUGGACAAGCAGGGUUACCAGGCGAAAAAGGUCAAAAAGGUGAACGUGGAUAUCAAGGUUUAAGGGGUUCCCCAGGUAAUUCUACUUUGGGCACUCCUGGUAGUCCAGGAGAAAUGGGACCACCUGGUGAAAAGGGUGAAAAAGGAAGUCCGGGAUAUGAUGGUACACCUGGGAAUCCAGGUCAAAAGGGUGAUAUAGGAGGUCGAUGUAACGAGUGUUGGCCAGGUGGACCAGGAGCAAAAGGAGACCGUGGUUCUGAUGGUAUCCCUGGUGAACGAGGUGACAGAGGACCACCAGGACCUACUGGUCUACCCGGUGAACGAGGUUCAGAUGGAGUUAACGGAUUACCUGGAUCGCCGGGUGCAACGGGUGAGCGAGGCGAGGAAGGCCCAGCAGGUCCACCAGGAAUCAAUGGAGCUGAUGCAAUUAUUCCAUCAAAUUUGGUAAAGGGUCCUCCUGGAGAGAAGGGUACGCGGGGUGACAGAGGUCCUAUGGGCCCUAAAGGUGAAAGAGGUCUCACUGGACCUAAAGGAGACCGUGGUCUUAAUGGAAUGCCAGGUCAAAAGGGUGACCAGGGAAGGAUGGGUCCGCCCGGAGUAGAUGGAAUCUCAGGAAGUGACGGAAUUCCGGGUACUCCUGGUACCAAGGGAGAAUCAGUUAAAGGAGAAAAAGGAGAAAUCGGAGCUCAAGGCCUUAAAGGUGAUAAAGGAUACUCAGGUCGAGGUGGACAAAAGGGUGAACCUGGUCAAUGCCCAAACUAUUUGAAAUUACUAACUAAAGGUGACAAAGGAAAUCAAGGCGCACCUGGGCCCCAAGGUCCACAAGGUCUACCUGGUGAUAAGGGUGAUAGAGGCUUUACGGGUAGAACGGGAGACAAGGGUCAAAAAGGAUUAGCUGGACGUGCCGGUCCUGUAGGACCAAGAGGUCUACCUGGAUUAAAAGGAGACAAAGGGGAAAUAGGAUCAAUGGGAUUCCCAGGAACCGCUGGAGAAAUUGGACCCAGAGGAUUCCCUGGGCUACCAGGGUUCAAGGGUGACAAAGGUGAAAUUGGACCAUCUAUGCCAGGUCCUCCAGGUCCACCUGGUUUGAAAGGAAACAAAGGUGACUCUGGGCCAAGAGGUAUAUCUGGUAUACCUGGAACAGAUGGCCCAUCUGGUCCAAUUGGAUUACAAGGUGAAAAAGGUGAUAAAGGCUUCUCAGGUAGACCUGGCUUACCUGGUCCUAUGGGAUUCAAAGGUGAUGCAGGCCCAGUAGGACCCCCUGGAGUUCCAGGUACACCUGGUAUACCAGGACGAAACGGGCCAAAAGGUCAACAAGGUUUCCCUGGCAAAACAGGACAACCCGGUGUGGUUGGAUUACCAGGUCAAAAGGGUGAACCAGGCAUGCAAGGUCCAGAUGGUCCUAAAGGUUUUCCAGGGCCUCGAGGUCGUCCAGGAAUACGUGGUAUCACAGGCGUAGAUGGUAGUCCAGGAGAAAAGGGAGACAAAGGAGAUAUUGGAAUCGCGGGUAUUCCAGGUAAUCCUGGUGCGGAUGGUCCUAUGGGACCUGCUGGUAUUAAGGGUUUAAAAGGAGAUCAAGGUUUUCAUGGGCCCCCUGGUCCGCCUGGAAGAACAGGCAUCCCUGGAGAUAAGGGGGAUCGAGGCUUCCCAGGCCCCAUGGGUCCUAAGGGUGAUGCAGGCUUAGCAGCAAGUAAAGGUGAAAAGGGUGAUGCCGGUCUACCAGGUUUAAGAGGAUUAGACGGACAGCCUGGACAAGAUGGUCAAAAAGGAAGCAAAGGAGAUGAUGGUCUUCCAGGGUAUGGUAUUCCUGGAACCCCAGGCGAAAAGGGUGAUAUGGGUCCAUCAGGAAUGAAUGGAUCUCCGGGUCAGCAGGGCGAUAAGGGCGAUCGUGGUUUAACAGGAUUAUCUGGAUUAAAAGGUGAUAGAGGAUUAACAGGAGAGCCUGGCCGUCCUGGUCGACCGGGCUUAGAUGGAGCACCGGGUUUACAAGGAGAUAUAGGUCUUCCAGGUCUUGAAGGAGAGAAAGGAGAUAAAGGAGACCGAGGAUUUGAUGGCAGAGAUGGACUCGAUGGUCCUAAAGGUGAUAGAGGUCCACUUGGCCCUCCAGGAUUAGAAGGCCAAAGAGGUUAUCCAGGUCAAAAAGGAGAUAGAGGGCUUCCGGGUCCUUCAAUAAAUGUAAAAGGAGAAAAGGGAGACAUAGGACAACCAGGAUUACCUGGCGUACAAGGAGAAAAGGGUGAAAGAGGCAGAGAUGGGUUACAAGGGAUGCAAGGAGAAAAAGGUGAACGUGGAUAUAAUGGACAAAAGGGAGAAAUGGGCCGCAACGGACUCCUUGGCGAAAAAGGUGAUAGAGGCCCAGCUGGACCCGAAGGAAGACCUGGUCUAACCAUUAAAGGUGAAAAAGGUUUACCAGGUCUCGCUGGGAAACAUGGUCGACAAGGUUUACCAGGUGCACCAGGUGAAAAAGGAGAACAAGGCCUUCCGGGACUGCCGGGACAAGUUGGAGUUCCAGGAACUCCUGGACAACCAGGCCUACAAGGAGAAAAAGGAGACCAAGGACGCGAAGGUGUUGCUGGACCUCCAGGUUUCGAUGGAAAACCAGGUGCGCCAGGGCCACCUGGUGUACCAGGUGAAAAGGGAACUAAAGGUGAUAAAGGUGCUAUUGGGUUCGGUCAACCAGGUAUGAAAGGUGAACAAGGUCCUCCCGGUUUACCCGGAUUGCAAGGGGAUAAGGGAGACAAGGGAGAACGUGGACUUGAUGGUCUUGAUGGGCAACAAGGCCCAAUGGGUUUCCAAGGAGACAAAGGAAACAAGGGUGUUCCAGGAAGACUUGGUUUAAUUGGAGUUGAAGGAAUGAAAGGUGAUAAAGGAGAUGCAGCACAAAUUGUCUAUGGAGCUAAAGGUGAACCUGGUCCAAGAGGACCUCCUGGAUUGGAUGGUCCACCUGGUCGAGAUGGAAUACCUGGCUCGAGAGGAUUAGAUGGUAACCCGGGUGAAAAAGGAGACCGCGGUUUUCCAGGUCCUAGAGGUCUUACUGGUCCUCCUGGGCCUCAAGGCUUACAAGGAUUCCAAGGUGAAAGAGGAGAAAUAGGACGAACUGGUAUGCCUGGUUUACCAGGUGCUCCUGGAGCGCCUUGUGAGUACAAAGAUUACCUUACUGGAUUCCUUUUAGUUAAACAUAGUCAAACUGAAAAAGUGCCUCAAUGCGAGCCUGGUCAUAUUAAACUAUGGGAUGGAUAUUCCUUGUUAUACAUCGAUGGUAACGAAAAAGCUCACAAUCAAGAUUUAGGUUACGCCGGUUCUUGUGUACGAAAAUUCAGCACAAUGCCAUUCCUAUUUUGUGAUCUCAAUGAUGUAUGCAACUACGCGAGUCGAAACGAUCGAAGUUAUUGGUUGUCUACUAACAACCCUAUACCUAUGAUGCCAGUAGAAAAUUAUGAAAUUGCAAAACACAUAUCAAGAUGCGUAGUUUGUGAAGUUCCUGCUAACGUUAUUGCAGUACACAGUCAAACUCAAGAUAUACCAAACUGUCCAGCUGGAUGGAAUUCGUUAUGGAUAGGUUACAGUUUUGUCAUGCACACUGGCGCUGGAGGAAACGGAGGUGGACAAGCUCUUGCAAGCCCUGGCUCAUGUCUUGAAGAUUUCCGGGCGACACCAUUUAUAGAAUGUAACGGUGAAGGUGGUACGUGUCAUCAUUUCGCUAAUAAACUUAGUUUUUGGAUGGCGACCAUCGAUGAGAAUAAGCAAUUUGCCAUGCCUGAAAGGGAGACAAUAAAAGCAGGGCGCUUACUUACACGAGUCUCGAGAUGUACUGUUUGCAUUAAAAACACAGCAAGUCAACCAGUACCAUAUUAAGUUUGAACUUGUAAUGGAUUUAAUGGGUGUUAUAAAUAGAAUCUUCUCGAUAAUGUAACGUUCACAAAAUAUUGUUUCAAAUGUUAUUGCAAAUAAAGAAAAUUCUGAUAGAUGGAUGGAAAUUACAUUUACAUUUUUAAUAUUAUUUGCAUUUAUACAAAAAUACACCAAAGCUAUUUAAUCUUAAGAUUAGUUUAAGUUACAAAAUAUUUAUCAAUCACACAACGAAAUAUUUAACGGAAUACGUGACAUAGAACGUGUGAAACUGGAAAUACUGUAUUUAAGUAGAAUCAUUUUAUAUAUUGACUAGUCACUAUAAACAUUGUUCCAUGAAGUCAAAUCAAAAAAGAUAAAUAUAAUAAAGAAGUUGGGUGUAUAGUAAUCGUAUUGAUGGGGUAUGGCUCUGUCUUACGUUUUGUCGAUUAAAACUUUACAUGCAUAGAAUUUUGAUUUUAGAUUUAAUUUUUAUUGUAAUUCACUUAUUUGAAUUUUCCAUGUAACAAUUUAAGCUAGGAAGCUUUUGUGUAUACUUAACUUAACUGCUUACAUUACUUAAAUGUUAAAUAGCCUAAGAAAAUCAUAAUAUAAAGAAAACUAAUUAAAGUGAUUCACAUAUUUUUGAAAUAUCUUUUAUCUAUGGUAUGUAAUAAAAAUAAGUACAUAAACACUGCCAU